ACAGCUCAGCGGGAGAAGCGACUACACACACACAUUUUCAAUUUGAAAUCCAAACGGCUACGAAAGAUUAUUGCGCUGGGGUGUGUUUCCAGUCAUUGUAAUUACUAGAUCGGUUUAUAAAAGAGCUGAACAAGAUCCAUGAGCAAAGAGACUGCAAUAUCCCGUCUCCCUGUAAUGUCUGGGAAACGGGCUCACACCAGCAACACGGAUGGGGAGUACCAACAGCCUGCGCAAAAAAAGAUGCGUAAGGUUGACGCCGAGCCGUCUCAGAGGUUCAGACCUGCAGCAAGUGUUGCGCCCCCGAGACGGCCUUUGCCAGUCAAAGCUCUUGCCAAACCUAUUCGUCCGACUGGAGCCGCAACAGUGGCUGUUGCCCCCUCAAGAGGUGACCAGAGAAGACCAGUUGCAGCAGUUGCUAAAGCAACUGCAGGUUCAAGUCUGUCACGAAGGCCAGGAUGGGACCUGAAGGGUAAAGUCAGUGAUAUGGAGACUAAAGUCCAGAGCUACCAGAGCAAAGUAAAAUCUGUAAAUCAGGAAAACGAGUGUCUCAAAGAGUCAAUAAACAAAGCCCAAAAGUGUAAGGCUGAAAUCGAAGAGGAGAAUAUUGGUCUCAAAAAGCAUCUCAGGGAUUGUGAAGAGGAGCUGGUAAAGCUGGCUACUGUGAAAGAUGACCUGGCACAAGCCUCUAAAGAGAGAGAUGGACUUAAGAAAGACCUCAGCAAGCUAACCGAGGACCAUAAGGUUUUGGAAGGGCUCAGGGAUCAUUUGGAGUCUGAGCUGCGCAAUGUACAGACUCAGCUCUCCAUUCAGACCUCUGCACUGGGGCGGUGUCAAGACAGUUUGAAGGAGAGCCAAGAACUGGUCAGGAACCUUGAGGAAACAGUGGCCCGUCAACGAGAAGAGCUCCACUCUGGAGAAAUGGAGCGAAGGAAACUCCACAAUACCAUUCAAGAGCUCAAGGGCAACAUCCGAGUGUUUUGUAGAGUCCGCCCAUUGCUGACUGGCAAUCAGUCUGAUAUUCUGCACAUCCAGCUGCCGGCCCACGACAAUAAGGCUCUGACGCUUGCCAAAAUGGAAGAGUCGCACACAGGUCGCACUGCUGACACACACAAGAACUACAACUUCAGCUUCGACCGCGUGUUUGGGCCGCGUUCCUCACAGUGUGAGGUUUUCGAAGAGAUUUCCCUUCUGGUGCAGUCUGCUCUGGAUGGGUACAACGUUUGCUGCUUUGCUUAUGGGCAAACUGGCAGCGGGAAGACCUUUACUAUGGAAGGGGGCAAUCUGGAGGAUUUGUCGGGGGUCAUCCCACGUGCUGUCCAGCAAAUCUUUAAGUCUGCCAAAGCACUCCAAGAGCAAGGGUGGCAGUACACCUUCACCGCCAGCUUUGUGGAGAUCUACAAUGAGACACUUCGAGAUCUUCUCUUCAAGGGAAAACCAAACAAGAGACCUGAACAUGAGAUCAGGAAGAUCUCCAACAAUGAGAUCACAGUUACCAACCUAACCUACCAAAAAGUUAACAAUGAGGAUGAGGUGCAGAACUUGAUCAUGUUGGCAAACCAGAACCGGUCCACUGCCCGCACAGGCAUGAACGAUCACUCGUCACGUUCUCACUCGGUGUUCCAGCUAGACAUAGAGGGGGAGAACUCUGCUCGAGACUCCAAGUGCAAGUCCACGCUGUGUCUAGUGGAUUUGGCCGGCAGUGAGAGAGUACAGAAGAGUCAGUCUCAAGGAGAACGUUUCAAGGAAAUGACUUCCAUCAACUCUUCCCUCACCAACCUGGGAAUUGUGAUCGCUGCUUUGGCCAACAAGGAGAGCUUUGUUCCCUACCGUAACUCAAAGCUCACGUACCUCCUCCAGAACUGCCUCGGAGGCAACAGCAAAACUUUGAUGUUUGUGAAUAUAUCACCUGAGGAAGAGAGUUUCAGUGAAUCGCUGAAUUCUCUGCGCUUUGCCAGCAAGGUGAACGACUGUGUCAUCGGAACAGCCUCAGCCAAUCGGAAGUAGUUUAGCUGAGUUCAUUUCUGAACAUCCACUGGUCAUUUUUAAAUGUUUCAAACUUCAGCUAUUUUAUGUUUAUCCUAAUCUCUCCUGUCUUUUGCAUCUUUUUAUAUUUCUGUAAUGCAAUUUAUAUUUUUGUGAUGCAUUUUAAUGUACAAUCUUACUAGCAGACAAUUAUUUUUAUUGUUGUUUUACAACCAUUAAAUGCAUAUUGUGCUUCAGAGAGAUCAAUAAAUUUUCCAUUUUGGCCAAA